GCAUUUUGCCGUUGUGUGUCCGGACAGAGCACCCCUGCCCUUUCGGGAGCAGCUGCCACCUCGGGGACAGCAGGGUGGCCGGUGGCACAGGGCCAGCGAGGGACCACGUGCCCGAGCAGCCGGGUGCACACCGGGCCGAUGCAGCCGGGGGGGACCCAUUCCAUGUGCCGGCUGCCGGAGCCAGACAGUUGUUUAAUUUCCCAGGCGCGGGCGGGAGGGGGAUGGAAAGUUUCCCGGGGCCGCCGGGGCAGGGGCUGGGACGGCCGCACGCUUCCUGCUCCGCACCGGCGGGCAGCGUGGCCUCGCCGCCGUGCCAGGGGUCCCUGAGCUGCGCCAUGCUGCCCACCGCACACCACUCGCCGGGGACUUCACCGGCGGCAUCUCCCUGCAAUUCCCCCCACAAUUCCCCCGUCCUCUUCAGGAAACUCUUGAUGAACCAGAGCAUCCGCCUGCAGCGGCGCUUCACCGUGGCGCAUCCCCUCUGCUUUGACCUGGAGAAUGGCCCCGCCGGCCGGGGCACGCUGGACCCCCAGGCCAGCCCGGGAGCGGGACUGGUCCUGCAAGGCACCUUCCCCCAUGGCCAGCGCCGCGAGUCCUUCCUCUACCGCUCCGACAGCGACUACGACUUGUCCCCAAAAGCCAUGUCCCGCAACUCCUCCAUCGCCAGCGACCUGCAUGGAGAAGACAUGAUCGUCACGCCGUUUGCCCAGGUCCUGGCCAGCCUCCGCACCGUCCGGAGCAACCUGACGCACCUCCAGGACCGCACCGGCAACAAGCGAGCGUCGAGCAGCAGCCUGCCCUCCGGGAGCAAGGCCAGCCUUGCCGACCCCUUGCCAAGCCGGUGGGUGCCCCUGGCAGAAGAUGCCCAUCAGAAGCUCUCGCGGGAGACCCUGGAGGAGCUGGACUGGUGCCUGGACCAGCUGGAGACGUUGCAGACCAGGCACUCGGUCAGCGAGAUGGCCUCUAACAAGUUCAAAAGGAUGCUGAACCGGGAGCUGACGCACCUCUCGGAGACCAGCCGCUCCGGGAACCAAGUUUCCGAGUACAUCUCCAGCACUUUCCUGGACAAGCAGCAUGAGGUGGAGAUCCCCUCGGCGCUGGCCAAGGACAAGGAGAAGGAGCGGAGGAAGCGCCCCAUGUCCCAGAUCAGCGGCGUCAGGAAGCUCACGCACGGCUCCAGCCUUACCGCUGCCGGCAUCCCCCGUUUCGGGGUGCGGACGGACCAGGAGGGGCUGCUGGCCAAGGAGCUGGAGGACACCAACAAGUGGGGGCUCAAUGUGUUUAAAGUCGCCGAGUACUCGGGCAACCGCCCGCUGACGGUCAUCAUGUACAGCAUCUUCCAGGAGCGCGACCUGAUGAAGACCUUCCGCAUCCCUGUCAACACCUUCAUCACCUACAUGCUGACGCUGGAGGACCACUACCACGCUGACGUGGCCUACCACAACAACAUCCACGCCGCUGACGUGGCUCAGUCCACCCAUGUCCUCCUCUCCACACCUGCGCUGGAGGCUGUCUUCACAGACCUGGAGAUCAUGGCUGCCAUCUUUGCCAGCGCCAUCCAUGAUGUUGACCAUCCUGGUGUCUCCAACCAGUUCCUCAUCAACACCAACUCGGAGCUGGCGCUGAUGUACAACGACGCCUCAGUGCUGGAGAACCACCAUCUGGCCGUGGGCUUCAAGCUUCUCCAGGAGGAGAACUGCGACAUCUUCCAAAACCUGAGCAAGAAGCAGAGGCAGUCACUCCGCAAAAUGGUCAUCGACAUGGUGCUGGCCACGGACAUGUCCAAGCACAUGAAUCUGCUGGCGGAUUUGAAAACCAUGGUGGAGACCAAGAAGGUGACCAGCCUGGGGGUGCUGCUGCUGGACAACUACUCGGACCGGAUCCAGGUCCUGCAGAAUAUGGUGCACUGCGCCGACCUCAGCAACCCCACGAAGCCGCUGGAGUUGUACCGGCAAUGGACCGACCGCAUCAUGGUGGAGUUCUUCCGCCAAGGCGAUUGGGAACGGGAGAAAGGGAUGGAGAUCAGCCCCAUGUGCGACAAGCACACCGCCUCUGUGGAGAAGUCCCAGGUGGGCUUCAUCGACUUCAUCGCCCACCCGCUGUGGGAGACGUGGGCCGACCUGGUGCACCCCGAUGCCCAGGAGAUCCUGGACACGCUGGAGGACAACCGGGAAUGGUACCAGAGCAUGAUCCCGCGCAGCCCGUCCCCACCGCCCGAGGGACCUGGAGCGUCCCCCGCCACCGCCGACAAGUUCCAGUUCGAGCUGACGCUGGAGGAGGAGGGUGAGUCGGACACGGAGCUGGAAGCGGCCGACAGCCCCUUGGAUGAUGACAACAGCGGCUCCAAGACACCAGCCACAGACGACUCAGAGUUGGCCGACACCGAGCAUCUGUCACCCGGCCCUGGGGACCAAGAUUCACCUGUCACCCACCCCAGGGACGUGGACAACCGGCGGGCGCUGGAGGGGACGCUGCCGAAGGAUGGCGGUGGCGGCGGGUGCUCGGUGCUGGGGCCCGAGGGCAGCCAGGGCCUGUGCUUGGACACAGAGGGCAACGUCACAUUCCUGCCCCUGAGCACGUAGCGGCACCGGCCGGUGGGUCCCCUCGCUGCUGUGGGGACGUGGGACCGGGCGCUGCCCUGGCAAGUGCUGGGGGCAGUGGGCUGGCAGUGGAGAGCACUGGCACCGCAGGGACCGGGGUGGCCGCUGGGACGUGGAAGGACCCAAAGCGUGUCCCCAUGCAGGAGCUGGGCAGGUCCUGAUGGGCACCAGGACGCUGCUCGCCCUCUCCCAGCAACUGUUCCCUGCUCCCACCCAGCAUCCCUGUGUACAGCUGCUGGGAAAGGUCCCUGUCCCCUUCAGACAGGGCUUGGGGACACUGUGCUCCUGCCCCAUCCCAGCCCUGGGGACGUCAUGCCCCACAGGGCUCCAGGAGGAGGUCCCCCAUGGGGCCAGGCAUAGCCAAAAGCAUUUCGGCGUCUCUCCAGUUGGCCCCUUGCAGAACAGCAGCCCCACGGCGGGACGGCGAGGUGCGUGAAGGGUGCUGGUGACAGCCCCCAGCACGAGGGACCUCAGUGCGGCCAGGCACCAGGGCACAGCACGGGCACGAGUCAGUGGUUUAUUUAUUUGGGGAUAGGUUCGCUUUUUAAAGCCUUUUGUAGCUCACUUUUUAAUACAAGCCUCACCUAGGUGCACUCACACGCGUUCCUGUGGCAGAAAGAUGCGUUUCUGCUCUGUGAUCAGCACUCGAAAUGCUGUGUUUGUACUUUGCACUUUGGGCCCCGGCGGGCACUGCAACCCCCAGGGCAGCCGCCGGGGUCCUUCGGUUUCUUCCUUCACCUUCCAGAGAUUAAACCUGGUUUGUUCCCCCCAAAA